CGCCGCCGCACCGUAAGCCCUCGCGCGCCGCCGGCAACCGGCUCUCACUCUCCCUCCCGUUCCGGGCCCUGCCCCGCCUCCCUGCCCGGUCAUUUGUGGGUGGGCCUCGGGCCGGGAGGCUCCGAGCCUGCGGCGAUUGGCUGACGUGGUGGCUGCGCACUGGGCCUGAGAAACUCUGGGCGAGCUCGCCGAGUCGACUCCUCAAGCGACGCCGGGCGCGUCUCAGCUAAUCCAAAAGUAAAUGAGAAACUUAGAAAAAGAUUGCCAACUCCAUAUCAACAUAUUUAGAGAAAAUUGGAAAAGGAGAAGCUUACUACAGCUUUAUUUGAGGACUUUUUAAAGAACGCAGGGUUCUAUCUGUGAGCAGCAAAUCUUGGAGCAAAAACCAGAGACAUUGCCAGAGCAAACAAGAAAAGAAGUACAAAUGGAGGACUGGUCAAAAGAUAUAACCCACAGUUAUCUUGAACAAGAAACCACAAGAAUAAAUAAAAGUACACAGCCAGAUGAGCAACUGACUAUGAAUUCUGAGGAAAAUAUGCAUCAGAAAUCCACUGAAUUAGUUAAUGAAAUAAGUUAUGAGAAAACAAAAUGGCCAGCGCUGAGAUCAAGGAAUUUUCAGAUCAUCAGUUCUUAUCCAGAUGAUGAGUCUGUUUACUGUACUGCUGAAAAAUCCAACAUUACGGAACAUAGACAUAAUGAUAUGCAUUAUGAAUGUAUGACUCCUUGUCAAGUUACUUCAGACUCAGAUAAAGAGAAUACAAUAGAAUUUCUUCUAAAAGAAUUGAAUAUUCUGAGAACAAGCAAUAAAAAGCUUCAAGAGAAACUGGCCAAAGAAGAUAAAGAACAGAGAAAACUAAAGUUUAAGCUGGAACUCCAAGAGAAAGAAACAGAAGCUAAAAUUGCUGAAAAGACAGCAGCUCUGGUUGAAGAAGUGUAUUUUGCACAGAAGGAACGUGAUGAAGCUGUUAUGUCUAGACUGCAAUUAGCCAUUGAGGACAGAGAUGAAGCAAUUGCGCGAGCCAAGCAUAUGGAAAUGUCUCUAAAAGUGCUAGAAAAUAUUAACCCUGAAGAAAAUGACAUGACAUUACAGGAAUUACUGAACAGAAUAAACAAUGCAGACACAGGGAUAGCUAUUCAAAAGAAUGGAGCUAUAAUUGUGGAUAGAAUCUACAAGACCAAAGAAUGUAAAAUGAGAAUAACUGCAGAAGAAAUGAGUGCACUAAUAGAAGAACGGGAUGCUGCCUUGUCUAAGUGCAAACGGCUAGAGCAGGAGCUUCAUCAUCUGAAAGAGCAGAACCAGACUUCAGCAAACAACAUGAGACAUCUGACUGCUGAAAACAAUCAAGAACGUGCUCUGAAGGCAAAGUUGUUAUCUAUGCAACAAGCCAGAGAAACUGCAGUUCAACAGUACAAAAAACUGGAAGAGGAAAUCCAGACCCUUCGAGUUUACUACAGUUUACACAAAUCUUUAUCUCAAGAAGAAAAUCUGAAGGAUCAGUUUAACUACACUCUUAGUACAUAUGAAGAAGCUUUAAAAAGCAGAGAGAACAUUGUUUCCAUCACUCAACAACAAAAUGAGGAACUGGCUACCCAACUGCAACAAGCUCUGACAGAGAGAGCAAAUAUGGAAUUACAACUUCAGCAUGCCAUAGAGGCCUCCCAAGUGGCCAAUGAAAAAGUUCAAAAGCUGGAAAGGCUGGUGGAUGUGCUGAGGAAGAAGGUUGGAACCGGGACCAUGAGGACAGUGAUCUGACUGAAUAAAACGACAGUCUGGGGAAGCGAUCACAUCUGGUGACCAGGCUGCUUCAUUCAACACUGUGUAAACACUAAAGCCUUAACUUAGCAAACAGUUGUUAGAAGUGGGACACUCCAACCACAUUCCAAGCUGAGAUAAAAUCAAAUCACAAAUGUUUAACCACUUUGCUGCUGACUUGAGUUAUUUAUCCAAAUAUAUUAACUAUAGACUUUUACCAAUAGGUAGCUAUAAGGUUACAGCUUAUUUUGUAACUAUUUUAUAUCUCAAUAUCUUUAAUAUAAAUCUUUUUACAGAGAGAUCAUUAUAGAAACAUGUUAAAGUUGGUUAGGAUCUUAUCUUUACAUAUGGCCCUUUCUGAAUCAAAGUAGAGCAAAGUAAAUAUUGUCUAAGCUUUAAUCCACUGUGUUAGGUCAAAACUUCAAAUACAUGCAUUUUUCAAUAUAGGGUAUAUUUCUUAAAUGAUGAGAGAGGCUUAAACAUGAGUGUGUAGUCUUCCUUCAAUGCAUGUAUGUAAUCUUUAUUAGUAUUAAAAUAUUAAAUAUAGAUCCCAUGAAUUAAAUGUAUAAUUUGUUUUAAUAAGAGAGGGAUACAUUAAAAUUACAUUCAUUAAGGCAUGAUUUUUUGUUUCACUACAAAUAAUGCCAACUGUUUUCAAUAAAAAGGGGAGAUUGUUAAUAUAUACUUAUAAAUUCACAUUGUCAGUAUUUUUUAAUGUUGGGUCUGAAUAAUUAUCUAAACUCUACUUAAGCUAUAAUAAUUGCCAAGUCUCUGUCAUUUUUGCCCGAAAAUUAGCAUGCCUCCAUCUUAAAAGAGACCACCAAACCUGUUAAGUAUUCUGACUGUUUAUCUUUUUUUAAAUUACCAUUUUAUUUUUGUUGUGGAGGAGGGGAAUCCAAUAAAAAAUAUACAAAAAAAAUUAUAAUGUAGAAAUAUAAGAACUUAGAAAAAAGUAAACUUGCCAUUUGGUUAAGCUUACCUGCUUUUUAUUUAAGAAAUAAAAUAGUUACAACAUAGCAGUCACUUCUAUUCAUAUGAAGUUAUGAAUAGAACUGAGAUUUUUAUGUAAUAGACUAUAGGCAAAGUAUUUUUAUUUUUUUAGAUUGAAACAGAUGAAAGCCCAAGAGGAAAUGACUAUGCCUGGAACAGGAUGAAGUAGACAAGUAGAGAUUUAAUUAGUGAAAAUUUUGUAGGCAAGGAAAAUUUUUUCUAAGUCUAUAUAUUUUUAAUUUAUCUUUAAGAUUGAGCUAAAUUAGCUACCAUUGCCUAUUUACAGGAUAAGUACAUCCAGGACAAUUAUUGCACCAUUGUUUCAUACAUCAUAGUAGAUUAUACAUUUGAAUUUUUUUUACUUCACAGAAAAAAUGUAAGCUACUUUGUCAUAGAUAACGAAAGAAUCAUAAUGCUAACAAACUCUAUUUCUUCCUUAUUAAAUCUGUAUCCAUUAAAGUAAUUUUUUAACUAUGAGAAUUAGAAAAUAAGGGACAAUGGGGGUUUAAAAUAAACUAAUUUAUUUUUCUCUAUAGUCAUAAAAGAAUUAUAUCCUCUUAUAGACCAGGGACUCUAUAAUACAGAAAUAGGUAAUGAUUUGGUCAUACAGGCAGUCUUGUCUCUGGGCUGUAUUUGAAAGUUGUAACAGCUCCCUAUGUGAAGAAAUGGCAUCUUCAAAGUCAUCUGGGAGGUUCAGGUAAGUAAAGAAAAACCAUUUUUGUCACAAAAUGGUCCAUUCUUGAUACCUCUUAAAAUAAAUUACAAGUAAACUUGAAUUUGUAGUUUAAUCCUGAAAACAGACGAACUUUUCUUGAGUUAUUUUGUCUGAGGCUUUAGAAGACACAAAAUAUAGUAUAAAGACAUUUCACAAUUUCCACACAAAUCUUUCUACACUUAAAUGAUCAAAUUAGAAUAACCAAUUCCGAUAAUUAAUAUGCAGAACUUUUGUAGACUAUGAUAUUAUAAAGUUAAAUUCACAAAAUAAUUCUAACAUCCACUAUUCUUCAGUAUAGGUAAUCUCCCAAAAAUAUCCUCUUGAAAAUGAGUUAUUCACAAAAUUUCAAUGAGUUGUCUACAAAAUUUCAAAUGCAAAGUAUUACAGCCAAAUAUUAUCUUAAUUAAUUUCAUACACUUAAAAAUGUCCAUCAACACUAUGUCAUAUGGUCUUGAUACAUUUUUUCUGUAUGGAAGAAUAGCCUCGCUUACUGAAGAUAGGUUCUCUAUAUAUUCAACAAUAAUGCAACUUUAGAAGUAUUCCACACUGCUGAGGAAUGUUGCUUUGAGUUUGCUUUACACAUCAUCAAGUCUAAUUUCUUAGUAACAGGAGAAUUCACUUCUUCUUGUAAAAAUAAGUAAUUCACAGGAAACAUUGGUAGCACUUGAUGAUUUACAAAGUCCUUUUACAUCUGCUUUUCUUUUUCAUUUGAUCCUAUCAACAACCAUAUAAUAAUAAUAACAAAUUUUAUACAUAACCCAUAUAAUAAUGAUGGCAAUGAUAAUUUUAGUAUUACUGUCAUUAUAAUUAUUAUUACGUUCAUUCUACCAAUGAGGGGACAGACUCAGUAAGCCUUAGAAUUUGCCAAGCACUGUCUAGGACUUAGAACUAAGAUCUUACAACCAUACUCCAUGCAACGAUGAGUCUCUAAACCUCUCUGUAAGAAAAAAAAAAUUCAAAGUAAAGAUUUUAACUCUUUCAAUUUCUGUUGUUACGGUACCAUUUCUUUCAUGUACCUACAUACAAAUUCUCUAACAAUCAAAAGAUUGUACACAUUUCUUUCAAUAAAGUACAAUAAUGUGAACUGCAUAUGUAAACAGCAUCACAUUUUUACCACCUUUCUAUGGUAUUACAGCGGCAGCAUGCUUUGCCUCAGCCUUCAGUAAUUAGAAAUAUUAAGACAAUUCAUUCCUAAUAAAACAUAAUAUGAGUCUCUUUGUACUAUUUUUAAUUUGUCCUGAUGCUAAAACCUAUCAGCUUAGUUUUAUUUAUAGCAUGGUGGUCUAAAUUUCAAGGCUCUCUCUAUCUCCUAGAGCAAUUAUUAGAGCUAAAAACCAGCUAUAAGCAAAGUUAUUGGUUAUAAGCAAGGUAUAAGCAGUUAAAGCAAAGUUAUUAUUAAUAAACAAGAAUUUAAAACUUUAUGAAUAAAUUAGAAAUUUAUUAAUGUAUUUUAAAUACUUUAUGGAGUAAAAUAUUUUGCUUACUUUUUUCAUUGAUAAAGUUGAUCCUUUGUAUGUUUCCUUAUUCAAAUAAACUAAAUCAUCUU